GGAUCGUUCAGUUAUAGGUGAAAGUGAAACUGAGACAGGAAUAAUCUCUUUUUAAUCUUUACAUACUGUCACAUCAGCUUUUAAUCAUAUCAAUUAUUUAUUAAAUUCUAGUAAACGCGUCGAUGUUUAGUCGAAGCAUCUGUGUCCUUUAAGAUGAAGUUCAUUUGUCUGUUUCUGCUGAUUAUUAGUGGAAUCACAGAUUCGAGAUCAGAGCAGUAUGAAGUAGUUGGUCCGGCUGAUCCUGUUUUUGCUGUAGCUGGUGAAGAUGUGAUUCUGCCCUGUUCAGUCAAACCCAGCAUCAGUGUUGAGGACAUGAGAGUGGAGUGGUUUAGAUUACAUCUGAAAGACUCACGAGUGCAUCUCUAUGAUGAUCAUAAAGACAAAAAUAGAGAUCAGAGUGAGUCCUACAGAGGGAGAACAGAACUGAAUCAUCAAGAACUACAGAGAGGAGAUGCAUCACUCAAACUCUCAUCAGUCCGAGUCUCUGAUGAAGGACUUUAUAAGUGUUUUAUUGAGUCCAAAUCUUGGAGUGAUGAUGUUACUGUUAAUGUCAGAGUUGAAGCUGUAGGACAUCCUCCGGAGAUCACUGUAGAUGGGUUUGAUCGUUCAGGAGGACUUCAUCUACAGUGUGAAUCUGAAGGCUGGUAUCCUGAACCUGAUCUUGAGUGGCUGAACAGAGAAGGAGUCAGUUUGAGUUCAGAAACUACAGAGACACACAGAGAAGCAGACAAAUUCAGUGUGAAACACACCAUCACUGUAUAUGAGAGAGACGACAAGAUUCACUGCAGGAUCAGACUGAAGCAUCACAUGCUGGAGACACAGAUUAUCACCUCAAGUAAUAUGUUUAAUUCUUGGAGGACAUCAGUCAUCAUGAUUUCAGUUUUUGUUGUGCUCAGUGUGAUUGCUGUGAUACUGAUAGCUGUGUUUGCCCGAAAAUACAAAGAACAAAGUCAUUUACGGGAUAGACACAGUCAACUAAAGAAUGAACACAGUCAACUAAAGAAGGGACUACAAUAUGCUCUCAAAUAUUCAAGAACAUACAAGGUGAAUGUGAUUCUGGAUGCUGAUACGGCUCAUCCACGUCUCACUGUGUCUGAUGAUGGGAAACAAGUGAAAGAUGGAAAGAAUCAAAUAAAAGAAAUAAAUGGAGGAAAAGACAGAUUUGAUCAAAAUCUUGGUGUUCUUGGGAAGGAUGGAUUCUCCUCGAGGUGUUUCUACUUUGAGGUGCAGGUGAAGGGACAAACUGAGUGGGAUUUAGGAGUGGCCAGAGAAUCUGUGGACAAGAGCACAAUGUAUAUGAGUCCUGAGGAUGGAUACUGGAUCGUGGGACGGAGAUACUGGAGAUAUCAAGCUCGUGAUUCUUCUGAUCACUCUAUUUCUCUGAGUGUAAAGCCCCAGAGGGUCGGUGUUUUUGUGGAUUAUGAGAAGGGUCUCAUCUUUUUUUAUGAUGUGGAGUCCAGCUCUUAUAUCUACUCUUACACUGAUCUGUCUUUUAAUAAGAAACUCUAUCCACUUGUUUGUUUGGGGAAUAAGUGGAAUGAAAACUCCACACCACUGAUCAUCUGUGAAGAUUAUUAAGGAGAUGAGUCAAUGAUCAACUAAAGUAAAAGUGUAACAGCAAUAACUAGAUCUGCAGUUAGCUUGAGAAAGCCUGGACAGAAAUGUUUUAAUGUUUUAAAAAUAAUUUACAGGUUGUGAAAGUUUGAUUGUUUUUCAGUUUAAAAUAGGUUUACAGUCUAAAAAGAAAUAGAUGCAGUAGAGGAGGGACUCAGGGUUGUUGUUUAGGUGUUACUGGGUGGUUGCUAGGAUGUUGCUAUACAGUUGCUUAUGUACCCAGGUAGAUCUCUAGGGUAUCCAGAGUGAUUGCUAAGGUGUUGCUAUGCAGUUGCUAGGGUAAUCAGGGUAGUUGCUAGGCUGUUGCUAUGUUGUAGCUAAGGUACCCAAGUUGGUUACAGUAUUCUAGACACUAUACAGAUAGAUAGAUAGAUAGAUGUAAAUCUAUGGGAUUUUUAUGAUUUUUAAUCUUCAGUUUUCUGAAAACCAUAAGUCUGAUCAGUGAGAAUAACAGCACCAAACCUCAUAUAAGUCUGAAGAUCUGAGCUGAGUUUGGCAGUUAUAGAGUUAAAGCUGUAGGACAGGGUUCCUCAAAUCUUGUCUGGAGGACCACUGUCCUGAAGAGUUUAACUCUGAUCAAACACACCGAAGCUACAAACAGAAGUCUUCAGGAUCACUGGGAAAUCACAGAUACAGGUGAUCUUUGAGUUUGAACUAAACUCUACUUGGCUUUUUAUGUUUACUGUAAUCUUUAAAUAUUAAAGACUUCUGCUUUAUUAACUGAAAAGACUUAUAUAAAGACUUUAUAAACGAACAUAAAAAAUGGCUAGAAUUUUUUUAAAAGAUCGUAGUUUUACUUCAACAUAAUGUUUUGAUCAUGAUUGAAGAUCAUGGAGAUCAUUCAGUUACUGUUACUUUUGUUUGUUGAUAAAUGUUCUUUUUUUUCACACCAAUUAUGUUUUCAUUGUUUAGUGUUUUUUAUUAAUUUGAUUUCAUAUUGAUUUUGUACUUCAUUGAAUGUUUGUGUCUUUCCAACCCUGUUUUAAUUCUUCUUUUGUUUUCAAGAUACAAAGGAGAUUUUUUACUGCCAAGCUCCUAAAAGAAUUUUGACACUUGG